UAGCUUACCCCUACUCCAUUACCCCUACAAUCUUAUAAGACAACUAAAUACAGAAUAUAAUGUCUGAACUUCAUAGCUCUCUGCAGCUUCCAGUGUUAGACUUAACACAACCGAUUCAAUCCUCUGUUCAGUCUUCUCUUUCUCAGGCCUGCAAAGAGUGGGGAUUCUUCUAUGUCACCAAUCAUGGAAUCUCUAAAGAGAUGUUCAGCAAAAUCUAUUCCUUGUCCAGAGAUGUUUUCAGUGCUCCUCUUGACUCAAAGCUCAAGCUUGGUCCCUUUUCUUAUACCCCUCGGCACAUCGCCUCUCCUUAUUUCGAAAGCCUCGUUGUUUCUGGACCUGAUUUCUCCGGCUCUGCUAAAGCUUCUGCUGAUGUUUUGUUUCAAGAUCAUGAUAAACCAGAGUUAAGAGAAACGCUACAGGAAUAUGGUGCUAAAAUGGCGGAAUUGUCCAAAAGACUUGUGGAGAUACUCUUGAUGACGACCUUAGGAGAGGAAACUGGGAAGAGAUUCUACCAAAAUGAGUUUAGCAAUUGUCAUGGAUACUUAAGAUUAGUGAACUACACGCCUCCACAAGAUGUAGAGAAGCAAGAAGAGCUCGUGGAAGGUCUUGGGAUGCACACGGAUAUGAGCUGCAUAACUAUAGUGUAUCAAGAUUCAGUUGGUGGGCUUCAGAUGAGGUCAAAGGAAGGGAAAUGGAUUGAUAUAAAUCCCUGCGAUGAUCUGCUUGUUGUUAACAUUGGAGAUCUUAUGCAGGCGUGGAGUAACGGACGGCUGAGAUCGUCUGAACAUCGAGUUGUAUUGAGAAAGCUGGUGAACAGAGUGUCUCUAGGGUUUUUCCUCUGUUUUGAGGAUGAGAAAGUGGUACUUGCGCCGCAAGAAAUAGUUGGGGAGGGAAAUUGCAGGAGAUACAAGUCGUUCAAGUGUUCGGAGUAUCUGAAGUUCAGACAGAGUAAUGAAGUAGGGAAGUUUGAGAGGAUUGGUUACACUGUCAAAGACUUUGCUGGACUAACACUGCCUGAACAUGAUGAUCCUUGAGAGAGAAAACAAACUAGUAUCCCGGUUUAGAGAUCACUAAACCGGUUCCUGGUUAAGAAAGGGGAAAGAGCUUAUACAGUUGUUGUGACUUGUGAGUGUCAUGCAAUAUCAAAAUAUUAGCUAGUGGAAUCCAAAGCUGCUUUUGGAUUCUUAUAAUCUUUUAUAUGUGGAAAACCUUUUGACUGAGUCUUUCUAUAACCAUCUAAAGUAA